AUGGAAAGUGACUUGAGUCCCCAGGAUAAAAAAGACUUGGAUAAGUUCAUUAAGUUCUUUGCCUUGAAGACUGUACAGGUGAUAGUCCAGGGUCGCCUCGGUGAGAAGAUAUGCACUCGCUCGUCUUCGUCUCCUACUGGCUCUGACUGGUUUAAUCUGGCAAUCAAAGACAUCCCAGAAGUAACCCAUGAAGCUAAGAAAGCAUUGGCUGGCCAACUGCCAGGCGUCGGACGCUCAAUGUGUGUGGAGAUCUCCCUCAAGACGUCGGAGGGGGACUCAAUGGAGUUAGAGACUUGGUGCCUGGAGAUGAAUGAAAAGUGCGACAAGGACAUAAAAGUGUCGUAUACCGUCUAUGACCGUCUAUCCGUCCUUCUUAAAUCUCUGCUGGCGGUCACCAGAGUAACGCCUGCCUACAAACUGUCCCGAAAGCAGGGACAUGACUAUGUGAUAUUGUACAGAAUCUAUUUUGGGGAGGUACAGAUGAGAGGAUUAGGAGAAGGUUUCCAGACGGUACGUGUUGGUGUUGUGGGAACCCCCGUUGGCACUCUCACGCUUUCUUGUGCCUAUCGCACCAAUUUGGCUUUAAUGUCAAACAGACAGUUUGAGCGAUCAGUGCCCAUUAUGGGGAUCAUCGUGGACCAUUUUGUGGACCCUCCCUGCGGCAGCCAGCGACCUGCAACCAUGGGUCAGCCCUGCAACUACAGAGCGCCAGAUGACGAUGAUGGGGAAGCAUUUGCAGGAGUUCAAGAUUCACAGGAGGUUUGCACUACUUCCUUCUCCACUUCCCCUCCCUCGCAGUGCAUCUGCACAUUGAGUCCUUCUCCUUCUAAACUGUCUAAGGCUCUUCCUCUGGACAAUCCCCAAUUUCCACUGGUUACCGGGAUGGUCACUCACACUCUGUACGCUUCUAGGCUCUCCUAUCAGCCUACUGUUCUAGCAGGGACUACUGAGCUGUGCCAUACUGCCGUCAAUCCAAACCAGGCACUGCAUGCUGGCAAGGACGACGGGGUUGUGUUGCAUCCAGCGCAGGCCUAUCAUUGCCCUGAUGCCCAAGUGACAGUGGAGCACAUGCCCAACACGCCUGGCAGCAGCGGUGACGAUGACCUUUUGUCCCAAAGCGGAGACGGAAGGAGAAGUGCUUCUCCUUCCGACCCAGUCGCGUCUCUUAAUGCUUUCACAAGGAAAGUUGGAGCCUUUGUCAAUAAACCCAAUACACGGCACUCCGCCACAAUGGACCUGCCAUUUGCGGCAUUUGCUCCCCGAGGUCUAGAUUCUGAAGACAAUGAUCCCAUGGUACAUCCUCCGGACUCUCCUCCUUGCAUGUCCCCUCUGCAGGCCAGCCUUCACUCUCAGGGCUCAGAAGAAUCAGGGCAGCAAGAUGACUUUGUCAUGGUCGACUUUCGGCCGGCGUUCUCGAAAGACGACUUAUUGCCAAUGGAUUUGGGAACGUUCUACAGAGAGUUCCAGAAUCCUCCACAACUGGCCAGCCUCUCACUUCACAUCAGUUCCCAAUCGAUGGCCGACGAUCUCGACUCGCUCCCGGAAAAGCUGGCCAUCUACGAGAGAAACAUUGAUGAAUUUGACGCCUUCGUGGAUAUGCUCCAAUAG